AUAAUGUGAGCUCACUGGCUUCCAGAGAUCUACAGGAUCCAUUUGGAAAUCUUCACUAUAACAUCCAGGAGAGGACCCCACAUGGACACACAGCCACAUAUCUCAGAUCUCCUCCGCAUCACCUCAGAUCUAUCAUCAGUACAUGAUGGAUGUCCCACACUGUCCUGAAGACAUGUGUAGACAGAGCCUUUACUUCCAUUGUCUCCACGCUCUGGGACACAGUGACCACCAGCAUCAGAUCUGCUGACAGUGUGGAAUGUUUUAAGUCCAAGUUGAGCAAUAGCUUUGUGAAAUGUUCACUGGGUGAUUCUGGUGUUACUGAUCUUCAUCAUUGUGGAUUAUCUUUCUAUUUCUAACUUCAUUGUACUGUGAUCAUAUGAUUAACUUUUGUUCUACGUUAAGGGCGUGUAAUGUGAAAAUCUUAGGGAUUUUAUCUAUGAACCGGUUGGAUGAAUAUUCCCUGACUUCCUAAUUGUUCCUGGUUCCUCCACAGAGAGGACCAACAGAGCUCAGAGGUUCCCAGUGGUCCAUCUACCCAGCAGCAUCAAACACAGCUGGAUUCCAUAUUUAUGCUGCUGGAGGACAACAUUGUUACUUUUGUGAAGAACGAGCUGAAGAAGAUCCAGAAGGUUCUGAGUCCAGAUUACUCAGAAUGUUCAGAGAGUCAGAGAGAUGAUGAGGUAUUGGAAGGUGAGGAUGCAGAGCAGAUGAGGAGCAGCAGAGAGGCACUGAUGAAGAUCACACUGAACUUCCUAAAGAAAAUGAAUCAGGAGGAGUUGGCUGACCGUCUGCAAUGCAAUUGUCAACAUCAACUUAAAUCUGGUCUGAAGAAGAAGUUCCAGUCUGUGUUUGAGGGGAUUGCUAAAGCAGGAAGUCCAACCCUUCUGAACCAGAUCUACACAGAGCUCUACAUCACAGAGGGAGGGACUGGAGAGGUCAAUGAUGAACAUGAGGUCAGACAGAUUGAAACAGUAUCCAGGAAAUCAUACAGACCAGAAACAACAAUCAGACAAGAAGACAUCUUUAAAGUCCAGCUUGGAAGAGAUCAACCAAUCAGAACAGUGAUGACAAAGGGAGUGGCUGGCAUUGGGAAAACAGUCCUAACGCAGAAGUUCACUCUGGAUUGGGCUGAAGACAAAGCCCACCAGAACAUCCAGUUCAUAUUUCCAUUCACCUUCCGAGAGCUGAAUGUGCUGAAGGAGAAAAAGUUCAGCUUGGUGGAACUUGUUCAUCACUUCUUUACUGAAACCAAAGAAAUCUGCAGCUUUGAACACUUCCAGGUUCUGUUCGUCUUUGAUGGCCUGGAUGAGAGUCGACUUCCUCUGGACUUCCACAACAAGGAGAUCCUGACUGAUGCUACAGAGUCCACCUCAGUGGAUGUUCUGCUGACAAACCUCUUCAGAGGGAAACUGCUUCCCUCAGCUCUCCUCUGGAUAACCACACGACCUGCAGCAGCCAAUCAAAUCCCUCCUCAGUGUGUUGGUAUGAUGACAGAGAUCAGAGGGUUCAAUGACCCACAGAAGGAGGAGUACUUCAGGAAGAGAUUCAGAGAUAAGGAUCAGGCCAGCAGGAUCAUCUCCCACAUAAAGACAUCACGAAGCCUCCACAUUAUGUGCCACAUCCCAGUCUUCUGCUGGAUCACUGCUACAGUUCUGCAGGAUGUGUUGGAGACCAGAGAGGGAGGAGAGCUGCCCAGCACCCUGACCGAGAUGUACAUCCACUUCCUGGUGGUUCAGACCAAAGUGAAGAAGGUCAAGUAUGAUGGAGGAGCUGAAACAGAUCCACAUUGGAAUCCAGAGAGCAGGAAGAUGAUUGAGUCUCUGGGAAAACUUGCUUUUGAUCAGCUUCAGAAAGGAAACCUGAUCUUCUAUGAAUCAGACCUGACAGAGUGUUUCAUCGAUAUCAGAGCAGCCUCAAUGUACUCAGGAGUGUUCACACAGAUCUUUAAAGAGGAGAGAGGGCUGUACCAGGACAAGGUGUUCUGCUUCGUCCAUCUGAGUGUUCAGGAGUUUCUGGCUGCUCUUCAUGUUCAUCUGACCUUCAUCAACUCUGGAGUCAACCUGAUGAAAGAAGAUUCACUGUCAUUUUUCUCUACAUUUUUUAACAGAUCAAAUAUAAUUUCUCUCCAUCAGAGAGCUGUUAAUCAGGCCUUACAGAGUCCAAAUGGACACCUAGACCUCUUCCUCCGCUUCCUCCUGGGACUUUCACUGCAGAAUAAUCAGAGACUCCUACAAGGUCUGCUGACACAGAUGGGAAGUAUCUCACAGACCAAUCAGGAAACCAUUCAGUACAUCAAGGAGAAGAUUAGUAAGAAUGUGUCUGCAGAGAAAAGCAUCAAUCUGUUCCACUGUCUGAAUGAACUGAAUGAUCAUUCUCUGGUGGAGGAAAUCCAACAGUCUCUGAGUUCAGGAAGUCUCUCCACAGAUAAACUGUCUCCUGCUCAGUGGUCAGCUCUGGGUUUCAUCUUAGUGUCAUCAGGAAAAGAUCUGGAUGUGUUUGACCUGAAGAAAUAUUCUCCUUCAGAGGAGGUUCUUCUGAGGCUGAUGCCAGUGGUUAAAGCCUCCAACAAAGCUCUGCUAAAUGUCUGUAACCUUUCAGAGAGAAGCUGUGAAGCUCUGUCUUCAGUUCUCAGCUCCCAGUCCUCCAGUCUCAGAGAACUGGACUUGAGUAACAACAAGCUGCAGGAUUCAGGAGUGAAGCUUCUCUCUGCUGGACUGAAAAGUCCAAACUGCAACCUGGAAACUCUGAGCUUAUCAGGCUGUUUGGUCUCAGAGGAAGGCUGUGCUUCUCUGGCCUCAGCUCUGACCUCCAACCCCUCCCAUCUGAAAGAGUUGGACCUGAGCUACAAUCAUCCAGGAGACUCAGGAGUGAAGCUGCUGUCGGCUGGACUGAAGGAUCCACACUGGAGACUGGAAGCUCUCAGGGUGGAGCCUGCUGGAGUCCCAUUCUUGACACCAGGUCUGAGGAAGUAUUCCUGUCAACUCACCAUCGACACAAACACAGUGAACAGAGAGAUCCAACUGUCUGAAGACAACAGGAAGGUGACAUGUGUGAAGGAGCUUCAGUCAUAUCCUGAUCAUCCAGACAGAUUCGAUCUUCCUCAGCUGCUGUGUAGAACUGGUCUGACUGGUCGCUGUUACUGGGAGGUUGAGUGGAGAGGAAGAGUUGAUAUAUCAGUGAGUUACAGAAGAAUCAGGAAGAAAAGAGACAGUAGAGAUUGUAGGUUUGGAUGGAAUGAUCAUUCCUGGAGGCUGAGCUGCUCUGAUGAUGAUGGUUACUCUGUGUGUUACAAUAACACAGCAACUCGUUUCUCUUCCUCCUCUGUCUCUCACAGAGUAGCAGUGUAUGUGGACUGUCCUGCUGGCAUUCUGUCCUUCUACAGAGUUUCCUCUGACUCACUGAUCCACCUCUAUACCUUCAACACCACAUUCACUGAACCUCCGCUUCCUGGAUUUGGGUUCUGGUUCAGUCCUGGUUCCUCAGUUUUUCUGUGCUGAUUUGAGUUUAAAGAGUUUCCUCCUCUCAGAGAAACUUUCACUGCUUAUGAUAAUUCAGUAUCUAGAUGUCUGUUUCACUCAGAAACAUGUUUUCAUGGAUCAAGGAUGUUCAGGAUUAUUCCAGGACCCACAUUUGUUUCCAGUCAAAGAUUCACAAUGAAUCUCAGGAUGUUGUGUUUCUCUUGAUUUAUCAGUCAGAUUUCUUUGACUUUACUGCAGUUUUUCUCAAUCACUGGACAUUUUUUGUUUCUUUCAGCUCCUGUUUCCUUAAAUGCAUCUUGGAUUAAAAUGUUAAAUAUUCCUUUUGUAUAUUUGCUGCAGUUAUGCUUCAUAUUUUAGUGAACAGUAACCAUUUUCCUCUGCAUUUCAUUCAUUUGCUGCUCAUUCUGUUCUGUUCCUGUUUAAAUGUCAAUGAGAUAUAUUUUUUUUUCUCAACUAAGACUUUCAUAUUUUCCCAAUUUACAUUAUAAUAAAUGAGCAAGAACCCCGC